UGGUUUAUACUUCCAAUACACACCACUUUCUCUCUCUAGCUUUCUCUCUCCUCUCCCAUAUCUCUCUCUAGCUUUCUCUCUCAUCUCUCACCACCAACCCCUUUAUAGCCACCACCACUUUCCUCCCUCCCUCCUCACUCUCUCCUCUAUCUCUCUCUCUCUCUCUCUCUCUCUCUCGAAAAAGCACAUAAAAUAACACACAUUCAUGGACACGACAGCCACAAGAAGGCCCUGUUUCAUCGAAGAAGACGAUGGUCUAGCCUCUCUUGCAGACAUGGAAGCUGGUUUCUCGGGAAACAAUCACUUUUUCUUCUCCAGGCCUCUCUAUCACAGUACAGCUUCUUCGCAAAGAAAAAGUAUUCUGAGAAGUCUAUCCUUCUCUUCUCCGAGAUCUGGAAGGUUCUUUAAUGGCAGAUUCGAAGAACACCACCAACCCCAUUUCUUAGAAGCCUGUUCUCUCUGUAAGAAACCUCUUGGUGAUAACAGAGACAUCUUCAUGUACAGAGGGGACACACCAUUCUGUAGUGAAGAGUGCAGACAAAAACAGAUCGAGAAAGAUGAAGCCGAAGAGAAGAAUCGAAGCCUGUCUUCAUCCAUGAAAGCCUCCAGGAAAGAACAGAAAAAAUCCACCUCUCCAAACAAAGCCCAAGACUACUCUUUUCGUACAAGCACAGUGGCAGCUGCUUAAUCAAUUCCAUCCACCAAAGAAAAGAAAAGAAAAUAUAGGAAAAUGCAUAGAAGUGAGGGUUUCUUUCUUCUUCUUUUUUUCUUCCCUUUCCUAAUAUAAUUUGUAAAUUUUUGUAUGAGGCAUGUGUUGGUUGGUGUGUUCUGUUUGUGUUAGAGGCUUGGAGCCUUACAGGACUUUGUUUUUUCCUUUGUUUCCCAUCUUGGUAAUACAAGAGAAUUUCUCACA